CUCUCCCCCUCUCCCUCCCUCCCUCUCUCCUCCUCUCUCCCUCUGUUCUGUGGGCAGUGUGGGUAGAGCGUGGUUCCUCCAGCAUGCGCUCUCUGCUCGCUCCGCUCUUCUUCAUCGUCGCCUGCGGAUCCUACCCCUCCAUGACAAUCGGGCCGAAGGAGGGCUGGCAGGUGUACAGCUCAGCGCAGGAUGCAGACGGACGCUGUAUCUGCACCGUCGUGGCUCCAGAGCAAAACCUCUGCUCCAGAGACGCCAAGAGCCGACAGCUCCGCCAACUACUGGAGAAGGUGCAGAACAUGUCCCAGUCCAUCGAAGUCCUAAACCUGAGGACACAGAGGGACUUCCAGUAUGUGAUGAAGAUGGAGAACCAGAUGAAGGGGCUCAGGACCAAGUUCAGACAGAUUGAGGAAGAUCGCAAAACGAUCAUGGCUAGAAAUUUUAAGGAGCUGAAGGACCGGAUGGAUGAACUGCAGCCGCUGAUCCCCGUGCUGGAGCAGUACAAAACAGAUGCUAAGCUAAUCUCCCAGUUCAAAGAGGAGCUCCGGAACCUGUCAGCCGUUCUGACGGGCAUCCAGGAGGAGCUGGGGGCCUACGAUUACGAGCAGCUCUACCAGAGAGUCAUCAGCCUCGACAGCCGCCUGCGCAACUGCAUGAGCAAACUCACGUGUGGGAAAUUAAUGAAAAUCACAGGACCCGUGACUGUAAAGACAUCGGGGACCCGGUUCGGCGCAUGGAUGACUGACCCACUGGCGUCUCCGAGAAACAACAGAGUAUGGUACAUGGACACCUAUACCAACAGCAAGGUGGUGCGUGAGUACAAGUCAAUGGCAGACUUUGUCUCAGGCCUGGAGUCCCGGACCUACUACCUUCCGUUCAAGUGGGCCGGGACGAAUCACGUGGUGUACAACGGCUCACUGUACUACAACAAGGAGCAGAGCAACAUCAUAGUGAAGUACAGCUUCGAGACGGGCCGGGUCCUGGCCCAGCGGGCGCUAGAGUACGCCGGCUUCCACAACGUCUACCCAUACACCUGGGGCGGCUUCUCCGACAUCGACCUCAUGGCCGAUGAGCUGGGCCUGUGGGCCGUCUACGCCACCAAUCAGAAUGCCGGGAACAUCGUGAUCUCCCAGCUGGAGCCGCAGACGCUGGAGGUUCUGCGGACGUGGAACACGGAGUACUCCAAGCGCAACGCUGGAGAAUCUUUCAUGAUCUGUGGGACACUGUACAUCACCAACUCCCACCUGACCGGCGCCAAGGUCUACUAUUCCUACAACACCAAGACGUCCACUUACGAGUACACGGACAUCCCCUUCCACAACCAGUACUUUCACAUCUCCAUGCUGGACUACAACGCUCGGGAGAGGGCGCUCUAUGCCUGGAACAACGGCCACCAGGUUAUUUUCAACGUCACCCUGUACCACGUCAUCAAAACGGAGGAUGACUCAUAAAGACACUUUGAAGGAGAUUUGAGGAAUGUAGUGGGAGUGUCAUGAUGAGGCAUUUUGUUUUGUUGUUUUCUCGUUUGUGUUUCUUUUGCCAAAGGUUGGAAGAUGGAGAACUUGAAGAGGAACAUGAGAGAGUCCCUCAUGACCUUCAGAAUGUGUUCAGUAGUGUUUUCUCUGAUCUAACACUCUUGAAGACUUAAGAAGUUAUCUAGACCUUAUCUAGUACAGGAAUGGUCUUAGACCACCAUCGUUCCACAUCACCUGGGGGUGGGCAAUAUGGAUACCAAUAUUCUAUGGUUUAAUAAAUUGGAAUAGAGUAUGCACCAGUAGUGCCAAAAUUUGAAAAAUCACAAGUACAACUUGUUUUUGGUGACACUUUAUUUUGAGUGAUCCUUUCCAGAUGAAUUAAACACUCAACAGACUCUGUGAUGUCAUAGCACAUAUCAAUGAUGUCACCCAUGAAUUCAUUCAGUAGAUUAUCGAGAGACAUUUAAUUAACUGUGUAAAUAAAAUGUAUUCAUGAUCUGCUGAAUUCAGUUGUUUAUCAGUUUAUUUGAUGUCCAGGUUCAAAUCUGUAGAUGUUUAAUAUGAGAGGAACUGAACAUGUAACAGGUUUAAUACACACCAUCUCAACAUCCACACUGCUGACACCAUUCUCUACCUGGAGCUUCACUGGAUUAGGGUUUGGUUAAGGUUAUGAUUAGAUUAGGGCCAGGGUGCAUAUGAUUAGGUUUCGGUUUGAGAUUAAGGUUAGGAUUAGGGCCAGGGUCAAAAUUAGGUUUUGAGGUUGAGGUUAGGGUUGGGGUUAGGAUAACGCCCAGGUUGAGGAUUAGGUUUUUUUGAGGUUGAGGUUAGGGUUGGGGUUGGGAUUAGGGCCAGGUUUAAGAUUAGGUUUUGGAUUGAGGUUAAGUUUAAGGUUAGGGGGUUAGGGCCAGGGUUAAAAUUUUGAGGUCAAGGUUGAGGUUAGGGUAAGAAUUAGGGCCAGGGUUAGGAUUAGGUUUUGGAUUGAGGUUGAGGUUAAGGUUAGGAUUAGGGCCAGGGUUAAAAUUAGGUUUUGAGGUUGAUGUUGAGGUUAAGUUUAGGGUUUGGAUUAGGGCCAGGGUUAGAAUUGUGUUUUGGUUAGGUUAAGAUCAGGGUUUUAAUUAGGAUUAGGGCUAGGGUAAUAAUAAGGUUUUAAGCAGGUUAAGUUUGCGGAUAGAAUUUGGGCCAGGAUUAAGAAUAGAUUUUGGAUUGAGGUUAAGCCUGGGGUUAGGCUUAGGGCCAGGGUGAGGUUUUGCUAAAUGGAAGCACCAUAUUAAGUCUACAUCAUGCAACAUUAACACCACAUCUACUUAAUGUAAGUAAUGUAACCACAGAACAUCUACAAGAUAUUUCCUUUAAUGUAUUCAGAUGCUGCACUACUGCUAUUUCACUGAUAUGUUGUUGACGUGUUACUGACACUUUAUUGAGAUAAUUAUCUACAAAGGACCACUCCAAAUAAAGUGUUAACCAUGUUUCUGUGUAACAUCGCAGCACUACACCUGAUUAAGCAGGGCUAAGUAUCUUGGACUGCUGCCAUCAUCAGCAUUAGAUCUCAUGACCUCCCAGUAAUAGAGCAUAACCUUAGCCAGCUGUGGCUCUUCAUAAUCCUCUCUAAACCUUGUUGGCCAGUGUUCUGAAGGUACUGACAGUAUCCACAACAUGCUCAGAAAAUAGACGAGACGUGAUAAUGCCAUAUGUCGUCCACCCCUAACAUCACUACCUCCCACCUACACCCAUAAGGCUGAUUUAGGCUCCUGAAAAGAUGCACAUAAAUAUCUCAAAAUGCAUAAAAGGGGUUCAUGGGUAACCAUAGCUUGCUGAGGCUCAUGGAGAUUAGCAUGACAGGCAAACCUCAACUAUGCAGUGUAUGAAUCAGGAAAGCAUUGAAAAGGCACCAACUGGUAGCAUUGUGCAUGGGACAAGACCCAAACAAUACUCAAACCAGAACCGGCACAAAAUGAAAUGGAGUAGUUUGAGGAUCAGCGGGCAAGAGGUGCAGUGUGUGAUGGCUUUGAACAGGCUGUGGUUAAAAUGUUUAACAAUGGAUAAUCCAAAAAAACAAAGUACCUUGUAAUGUACAAAAAUAGGCAAAGGGUCAUACUGAGAGUCAGAGUGAAAGAUACAAGCAAAAGGUCACAACAUGAAAGAGGAAAGACAGAGUCAAAAAAGGGUCAGGCUAGAAUUGUACGAGCGGGAAAACAAACCCGGGAAGUCAAACCUCGGAACAAAAGGCUCGGUAAGGCACAGGAGACUGAUACAACACUUUGCAAGGAGACUAUAGGAACAAGCAGGUUAUCAGAUGACAACCAUCAACAAUCAGGUGAGGUGGAGCAUGGAUAGGUAGAUGGUUCAGAGUCUUUGGUCGUGUGAUCCCCCAGAGAAUUCUGGGAGUUGGAGUUCUGGGCGGAAUCAGGGGUGUUAGACUCUGCUGAGCCAGUGGGAGGCAAGACAAUGUUAAUAAAUCAUACAAACAACCUAUAAAAAUAGUGAAGCGAAUAUUCAUUCUUCGCGAUAUAUAGAAACAAGACUUUCUGUUCUGGUUUGGACACUGCCACCUAGUGUAUGCAUUGAUACUAUGUGCAAGCAUGUUGGUAGACACCAAUGUGAACACAUGAUGUCUGCACAUGUUCACAGACAUUCAGAAGUGUAAAUCAGCCUUUAAAAACAAAGGUUCUUCAUACUCCUUAGUUUUCCUCUUUCAACAGGUGGUUCUUGACAAUGCGAUUAGUGAAUAUGAAGAAUAUCCACUCAGUAUGUGGUAGAGGUUUUUUCCCCCAGAAUCUUAGGCUAUGUUUACACAGCAGGUAACAGUGACCCAAAUCUGAUCUCUUUCUCCGUAUGCAACACAGAUGUGUGUCAGUGUGAACAGCCAAAAAACGCAUUGAAUCUGAUCUUUUCAAUUCUGAUUUGAGACGCUUUCAUGUGUGGUACUGAAAUCUGAUACGUAACCGAUCUGCGGCAAUGCGACUCAGUCUGAACAGUCAGAUUGGAAAUUCACGCAACUUUUACAUCCGUCAUACAUUCGUCAUCAUUUCGCGCUGAGACUCAAACAUUUGGUCUAAAUGAAUAGACCAUAAGAAUAGAAGAGACUUAUCGCCGCCGCUGUGUAUUAAAAGAGAUUUCAAAUGAAACAGCCUGAUGAGACCAAGGCUACAGCGUGAAAGAACAGUUUUAAAGAAUCCGAGGACACGAAGCAAAGAAGUAGCUGUGGCCCAAUAACGCGCCCUUUCUACAGCGAACUCGAACACAUUCUGGGUGAUGAGAGAAUGUGGAAAUUUAUUGGAAAUUGAUCAUCGCUCCUGAAAUGCUGGUGAAGAUGAAACUAAAAGCAACAGGUGUUUGCUGUCCGUGACUGUGGACCUCUGGACGAGCCACGUGAAGUAUUGUUCUUUUGCACAUGCAGCUCAGUUUAGGACCUGAUCUGCUCAGAAUGGUGUCGUAUACACAUCACCUUUAAAAGAUACAGCCGAACCAAAAAAUCGGAUUUGCUGAGAAAAUCAGAGUUGGGCAACUUUUACCUGCUGUGUAAAUGUAGCCUAACAUCCAAGCCAAGAACCAUUUAAGGAACCUUUAGUUUAAAGAGUGUAAGGCAGUGGUCUCCAACCAUAUUCCUGGAGAUCUAUUUUCCAGCAGAGUCUAGUUCCAACCACAAUCUGUCACAACUACUCAUUAAUUUCUUAGUCCCUGAUUGGUUGGACCGAUACAGUAAUCUUAGGUAAGGAGGAGGCAGCAAGUAGUUUCCAGGUAAAGGGCUGGUGGCCACUGGUGCAAGGUCUGUUUCUCCAACAACAGCAAGAUGUCCAUCUACGAGAAGACGGAAAUCUCAUCUUCCACAACCAGUUUCACAUCUCCAUGAUGGCCUGCAGUGCAGUGCAGUGUAGUGAUCAGGUCUAGACAUACCAUUCUACCACAUCCUCAGAACAGAUGGA